AAAUACUUACAUAACCUUACUUUGGAGAACAGCAGAAAGACUUAUUUCCUCCUAAACCAUACAGAUAAUUAAACGUUGCAGAAGCAAAACUACUUUGAGUUUGGAUUGUUAAAAUUUUCCUUUCAUUAUGCUCUUAAUACCUGCGUUGCAGGGAAAUUUUAUUAUUACUUAGCAUUAUGCAGCCUCUACAUAAAAGCCCGUUCUUCUUAUUUCCUGGCAUAGCAGUCAAGGGACAAGCAUCUUGUGUGAGAUUCUCCAGCUUGAAGAUUACAUAUGUUUGAAAACCUGUUUUGAGGUUGUUAACUGAGUAUGCAGUAGGCAAUUGCUGGCUCUUCACUCAGAAAUAAAUUCAGUCCAUAAAAGGUUGGACUCCUUACUGAGGCAUAUUGAACAGAAAACAUACAUGCUUUUGCGUUUCUCUGAAGAACCAAGAAAAUUCUGAGACACAUAAUGGGAUCUCUUACAAGUAUCUAUGUCUUUGCUUGUGUGUUUUUAUCCAUAUUUUGGAAUAAUAUCCAGUCAACUGUGGAAAAUAAAAUCACUGCAAACUAUUCAGGACAUCUACUAACUAAAGUUCCAAAAAACAUUCCAGUCCAUACUCAUGUAUUAGAUUUAUCACAUAAUAGGAUCUCUGAAAUUACUAACUUGGAAUUUAUUUCUCUUCCCGACCUUCAAGUAUUAAAUCUUUCUCAUAAUCUAAUUACAGAGCUUGACUUCAGUGUCUUCAUAUUUAAUCAAGAUUUAGAAUACUUAGAUUUAUCUCACAAUAACAUUUGGACAGCUUACUGUCAAAUGCUCGCACGUCUUAGACAUUUAGAUCUUUCUUUCAACAAGUUCACUGUCUUGCCAAUCUGUCAGGAAUUUGAGAUCAUGUUUCAUUUGGAAUACCUAGGAUUAAGUGCCACGAUGAUACGAAGGUCAGACUUCAGAUAUGUGACACAUUUGCAGCUGAACACUGUCUUCCUAACCUUAGAAGACUUUUCUCUCUAUGAGCCUCUAAGUUUAACAGCUUUAAAUACAAGGAACCUUCACAUUGUUUUUGCAGCAGACCAAAACUUCAACUUUUCCCUCUUAUAUGACGGAAUGAGCACUUCAGAGAAGUUAAAAAUAUUUAAUUUAAUAUACACCUUGGGCCACAAAGAUUUUCCCUCCCCUUCUUUAGAGCUUCUGAAGAACACCAAAGCAACAGAGCUAAUGCUUGACACUGUGGACUUAGAAUGGACAGUCAUUCUGCAAAUUUUUCUGCUAGUUUGGGACUCAACUGUGGAGCACUUAACUGUGAGAAAUUUGAUUUUUCGGGGACCAGUGGUAGAGUUCACUGAAUAUAAAUUUGUAUCCUAUUUAAGACCCCUGGAACAAUUUCUCUCUUUGGGUGGCUCCAUGAAAGCACUAACUUUGGAGCGUGUUCGAAAUAAGUUGUACUAUUUCAACCAGGAGAUUGUGUACAGAUUGUUUUCAGAGUUGAAUAUUGAUAAUUUGACAAUACAUGAUGCAUGUAUGCCACACAUGCUUUGCCCCCAAAAAACAAGCUCAUUUCAGUAUAUAAAUUUUUCCCGCAAUGCCCUGACAGAUGAAUUGUUCCAGAAUUGUGACACUCUGACAAAUUUAAAAUUACUUAUUUUGAAUAGGAAUAAAUUUAAGAGCCUUUCCAAGGUGAGCUUCAUGACCAGCCAUAUGAAAUCACUGAGGUAUCUGGACGUGAGCAGCAACUUGCUGCGUAACAGUGGAGCUGAGAAGCGCUGCCAGUGGACUGAUUCUCUGUCAGAGCUGGACCUGUCCUCCAACCAGCUGACAGAGUCCGUGUUUGAGUGUUUGCCCGUUCAUAUCAGCAAACUGGACCUACAAAACAACCAGAUUGCCAGUGUCCCCAAGGGGAUUGCUGAGCUGCAGACCUUGAAGGAGCUGAACCUGGCAUCCAACAGGCUGGCCGACCUGCCAGGGUGCAGGGCCUUUGCGGGCCUGGAGAUCCUGAACGUAGAGAGGAAUUUGAUCCUCACGCCAAGUGCCGACUUCUUGGAGAGCUGCCCGAGCGUGAAGGAGCUGCAAGCUGGGCAAAACCCGUUCAAGUGUUCGUGUGAGCUGCAGGACUUCCUGCGCCUGGAAAGGCGGUCUGGGGGCAAGCUGUCCGGCUGGCCAGAGGCGUACGUGUGCAAGUACCCAGAAGACCUGAGCGGCACGCAGCUGAAGGACUUCCACCUGACCGAGCUGGCCUGCAACACCACUCUGCUGCUCGUGACAGCUCUGCUGCUGACGCUGGUGCUGGUGGCUGUGGUGGCCUUCCUGUGCAUCUACCUGGAUGUGCCGUGGUACGUGCGGAUGCUGUGGCAGUGGACGCGGACGAAGCGGAGAGCUUGGCACGGCUGCCCCGAGCAGCGGGAAACCGUUCUGCAGUUCCACGCCUUCAUUUCGUACAGCGAACGCGAUUCGUUGUGGGUGAAGAACGAGCUGAUCCCCAACCUGGAGAAGGGGGAGGGCUGCAUCCAGCUGUGUCAGCACGAGAGGAACUUCAUCCCUGGCAAAAGCAUUGUGGAGAAUAUCAUCAACUGCAUUGAGAAGAGCUACAAGUCCAUCUUUGUGCUGUCCCCCAACUUUGUGCAGAGCGAGUGGUGUCACUACGAGCUGUACUUUGCCCAUCACAAGUUGUUUAGUGAGAACUCCAACAGUUUAAUCCUGAUCUUGCUGGAGCCGAUCCCUCCAUAUGUUAUCCCUGCGAGGUACCACAAGCUGAAGGCUCUCAUGGCAAAGAGAACCUACCUGGAGUGGCCGAAGGAGAGGAGUAAGCGUGCUCUUUUCUGGGCCAACCUGAGGGCAGCUAUUAGCAUUAAGCUGCCAAUAGCCUUUGAAACAGAUGAGGAGCAAAAUGACGUCACAUCUACUAGUAGUAUGACCCAACGUCUGAUUAAGUGACUUGACUAUCUUGCAUUAUUUUUCACUAAUCAGAGUUUUGUAGGUUUUCUUUUUAAACAGUAUUUUUAGGUUCUCACCUAAAAUGUUGGUAAGCCUUCCUAAAUUGCUGUUACUUAUUUUACUUGUGCAAGUAGUCAGUUUUGUUAUGAUCACAUAAAGAGUGAGAGAGAAAUUUUGCUAGUGACUGCACUUAUUUUUUUUUUUUACCCAAGUUGCUUUAAUUUUGGAUGUAUCCCAUUGAUUCCAACUCUAUUUGAAAGUAAAAGAUACUCAUUAAUUCAGUGCUGUCAGGAAUAUUAAGGUCAUGCCCUUAAUCUUUUCUCUGACGAAGAUGUUGUGGAGUAAAUGUGGUAGGGAUCUACUUCCUUUAGAUCUAAAUAAAUUGUGCAAACAAGAAGAAAAUUCUUGUUUAUAACCACUUAUAUGCCAGUAUAAUAGAUGUCAAGGGUACAGUAUCUCUACACCUUCAGACCUGUCUUUUAAUUACCCCAGGUUCAUGCUCAUUUCUGGCAAGCUUUUCCCUUAGUCAGAGACAGAGACUGUCCUGGGUAGAAGCUGGAAGUUGGAGCCAUAAUACCUGUUUAAUAUCCAUCAUACUUCGCUAUGCCCUAACUUCCAUUUGCCUAGACUUACCCAUUAAGUAAUGAUUUCAUGGAAUUCACCACUGGUAGUCUUCAAAAUAACUGUUAACUUCUGAAUUUAUGAUUUUUGAUACUAUUAAAAUAUUAUUGUUUCUACUGUAUUCA